GGAUUACAAGGUGGUCCUUUAAGGUGAAGCUUGAGGUGGCUAGCGUCACAGGCCAGUGGCUGCAUAAUUCCCUUUGUUUUGGAGGUGACGGAAGAGUGACGUACCGCCAUCGCUCCCACCAACCCCAUGACACGACGUCGUCCCUGGCUUAUAAUUAGGCAAGGUUGGUUGGCCCUGGGCCCCCACCCAAUCCGACCUUGCGACAUAUACUCACACCGCAUCAUUUCGUUUCCCUUACAAAUUUCGUUUCCCAUUCAAUUCAUAUAUACGAACAGUGUUACAUUCUCUGCCCAUAUCCCUUUCUCUGAAGAAGAAGAAGAAGUAGUUUGGGGAAAUGGGUGGUCUAGAAGCGGAGAGGACAACAACGGGAUGGGCAGCGAGAGACCCUUCUGGGGUUCUUUCUCCCUUCACUUACACUCUUAGAAACACAGGCCCAGAAGAUGUCUUCAUCAAGGUCCUUAGCUGUGGAAUUUGCCACACUGAUCUUCACCAGAUGAAAAAUGAUCUGGGCAUGUCCAACUACCCCAUGGUUCCUGGGCAUGAGGUGGUAGGUGAGGUGGUGGAGGUGGGAUCAGAUGUGACCCAGUACAGAGCAGGGGACACCGUCGGAGUUGGAGUCAUCGUCGGAUGCUGUAGAAACUGCCGUCCCUGCAAAUCCGACAACGAGCAGUACUGCAACAAGAAGAUCUGGUCCUACAACGACGUCUACACCGACGGCAAUGUCACUCAAGGCGGCUUCGCCAGCGCCAUGGUCGUCGAUCAGAAGUUUCUGGUGAAGAUACCGGACGGAAUGGUGACGGAGCAGGCGGCGCCGUUGCUAUGCGCCGGGGUGACGGUGUACAGUCCCCUGAAACACUUUGGGCUGAAGCAGAGUGGGCUGAAAGGGGGAAUAUUGGGGCUGGGAGGAGUGGGACACAUGGGGGUGAAGAUCGCCAAGGCCAUGGGCCAUCACGUGACUGUCAUCAGCUCGUCGGAUCGGAAGAGAGAGGAGGCUCUGGAUCAUCUCGGGGCGGACCAGUACUUGGUCAGCUCCGACGCAGAGAAGAUGCAGGAGGCUGCCGAUUCACUGGAUUAUAUAAUUGAUACGGUGCCCGUGUUCCACCCUCUCGAACCCUAUCUGUCUCUGUUGAAGCUUGACGGGAAGUUGAUCUUGAUGGGUGUCAUCAAUACCCCUUUGCAAUUCGUCACUCCCGUUGUCAUGCUCGGGAGGAAGACGAUAACAGGGAGCUUCAUCGGAAGCAUGAAGGAGACGGAGGAGAUGUUGGAGUUUUGCGUAGAGAAGGGGGUGACUUCCAGCAUCGAAGUAGUGAAGAUGGAUUACGUCAACACGGCCUUCGAGAGGCUGGAGAAGAAUGAUGUUCGCUACAGAUUCGUCGUUGACGUCGCCGGCAGCAAGCUCGACCAGUGAUCCAUCUACAAAAGAAACAUCCAAAAUCUCAUAUACUGAACAUGGCAUUUCUGGAUUGGUGACACAAAACAAAAAAGAACUUGCUGUGCUCUGUUUCAAUGGUAUUGGUGGAGUCAGGCGUGGGGUGGGGAGGAGUAUGGACUAUUGGCCCAUCGGGUGCCAUGUUAUGUUGCUCUUUCUUUCUUUCUUUUACUUUUCCUCCUGUAAUAAAUAUAAGAAGGGAUGAGAUAUGCUUUGGACUUUGGA